AAUGUCGAAUUUUUAUUGAAAUUAAACUUACAUGUCCAACUAUAUAUCCAUUUUUUUUUUUUACAAUCCAAUUAUCCAACUAUCCAUGUUAUCUUAUCUCCUUUUUUAGACUGUAAUAUUCCAAGCAUCCUAUCAUAGAUAUUGUGUGCAUUUUUUGUUAUUUAAGGGCACUAUGGGGGAGCUUAUAUUUCACACAAACACAUCAAGCUCACCAUGGCUUCUUCCACCACCUUGAAACUUUCUCUUUACUCAGUUCUUACACUCCUCUGCUUCCAAGUAGUGGUUUCUGUUAUUCAACAUCCACUUGACCCUUUAACUAAAGAAGAGUUUCUGAGUGUCCAAACAAUAGUCCAUAACAAGUAUCCAACCUCAAAGAACAAAGUAGCUUUCCACUACAUUGGCCUAGAUGACCCUGACAAAGACCUUGUCCGAAGAUAUGAAUCCCUACCAACUCUUGUAAACAUCCCUCGUAAAUCCUUUGUCAUUGCUAUCAUCAAUGGCCAAAGCCAUGAGAUAUUAAUUAAUUUAAGAUCAAAAGCAAUUGUCUCUGACAAUGUUCACAAAGGAUAUGGUUUCCCUAUUUUAUCCGUUGAGGAACAAGGUGUUGCCAUAGAGCUUCCACUAAAAUAUCCUCCUUUUAUUGUCUCAAUUAAAAAGAGAGGUUUGAAUAUCUCUGAGGUGGUGUGUUCUACAUUCUCCAUGGGAUGGUUUGGAGAAGAAGAGAAUAUUAGGACAGUGAGAGUUGAUUGUUUUCUGAAAGAAAGCAGUGUUAAUAUAUAUGUGAGGCCUAUUAGUGGAUUAACCAUUGUUGUUGAUCUUGGGACUUUGAAGAUUGUGGAGUAUCAUGAUAGAGAAAUAGAAACUGUUCCUACAGCUGAGAAAACUGAAUAUCAGGUUUCAAAACAGAGUCCACCAUUUGGACCAAAACAGCAUAGUUUGACUAUCCAUCAACCACAAGGUCCUGGCUUCCAAAUCAAUGGCAACAGUGUUAGCUGGGCCAACUGGAAGUUUCAUAUAGGAUUUGAUGUUCGAGCUGGUAUUGUAAUAUCACUUGCAUCUAUUUAUGAUUUGGAGAAGCAUAAGUCUCGUCAUGUAUUGUACAAAGGGUACAUUUCCGAGCUGUUUGUGCCUUAUCAAGACCCAACAGAAGAAUUUUACUUUAAAACCUUCUUUGAUUCUGGAGAGUUUGGAUUUGGUCUAUCUACUGUGUCUUUGAUACCCAACCGUGAUUGUCCAUCAAAUGCUAAGUUCAUUGAUGUAUACAUUCACUCCGAUGAUGGUACUCCAAGCCUCUUGAAGAAUGCAAUUUGUGUUUUUGAACAAUACGGUAAUAUCAUGUGGCGUCAUACAGAGACUGGCAUUCCUGAUGAAUACAUCGAAGAAUCUCGAACGGAAGUGAACUUGAUUGUAAGAACCGUAGUCACCGUGGGCAACUACGACAAUGUUUUAGACUGGGAGUUCAAAACAAGUGGUUCCAUCAAGCCCUCGAUUGCACUAUCCGGUAUAUUGGAAAUUAAGGGAACCAACAUUAAGCAUAAUGAUGAGAUUAAGGAAGAUAUACAUGGUAAAUUGGUAUCAGCAAACAGCAUUGGUGUUUACCAUGACCAUUUCUAUAUGUACUAUCUUGACCUUGAUAUCGAUGGUACACACAAUUCAUUUGAGAAAACAAGUUUGAAGACUGUAAGAAUUACCGAUGGAAGUUCAAAAAGAAAGAGUUAUUGGACCACUGAGACUCAAACUGCUAAAACUGAAUCCGAUGCAAAAAUCACAAUUGGGUAUGCUCCAGCUGAGCUUGUAGUAGUGAAUCCCAACUUAAAAACCGCGGUUGGAAACCACUUUGGAUACCGUUUGAUUCCAGCAAUUCCAGCUCAUCCACUUUUAUCGUUGGAUGAUUACCCACAAAUACGCGGUGCAUUUACCAAUUAUAAUGUUUGGGUUACACCUUAUAAUAGAACUGAAAAAUGGGCUGGUGGACUCUAUGUUGAUCAUAGUCGUGGAGAUGAUACUUUAGCUGUUUGGACCCAACAAAAUAGAAACAUUGAAAACCAGGACAUUGUUUUGUGGCACGUAGUUGGAAUACAUCAUGUUCCAGCACAAGAAGAUUUUCCAAUAAUGCCAUUAUUGACCACUUCAUUUGAGCUGAGGCCAACCAAUUUCUUUGAGAGGAAUCCUGUUCUUAAUACACUUUCUCCACCUGAUGUUCCAUGGCCUGGUUGCCCCAAGUAAAACUAGCUAUAGCGAGUGUGUGUGUGCGCGCAAUUAAUGAUUUGCAUUGGCAUGUGUAGCCAUGAAUGAAUAAAUUAAAUAAUAAUGUUGUUUGUUUAGUUUGUAUGUUUCAUAUGCAUUAGCAUGUGGGAUAAAAUUUGAAUCGGCUCUAACCAUUCUUAUAUGAAUGACAAGUUUACAUUGCGAGUUGAAUCUGCUUAA